UUGAAGGGAUUGACUAUUGAGGGAAGCACGAGUCUAACUAGCAGCCACUCACUGCUCUCCUCUACAAGAGUACCAGGAAUGGCUUAUCUUUCGCUUGGAAAUCCAAAUUGCAGUGUUUUAUGCAGUAAUGGGACGAUUUCCUACAUGGGUAAUUCAGCUUUUCCACUUCUUCAUCCUAAGGUAGCAUCUGUGGGAGGUUUCAUUAGAGCAGAUCACAUCCCACUUCACUUAUAUGAGAAGGAAACUUCUCUUUUCUUGAGAAAACAUUCCAGUUACACAAAGUUUAAUAAAGGACACUACACCAUCCCCAGCUGUAGUGGUUCGUCAGAGUCCCGUGGCAGUCAAGAUGACUCUUCUGUUCAAGCUAAGGCACCAUUUGGAUACACAAGGAAAGAUGUUAUAUUGAUUGGAAUUGGACUUACUGUUUUCGGCAUAGGCUUGAAAAGUGGAUUGGAGUUUGGCGGAGUUGAUCCCUUACAAGCUGGGAAUGUUGUUCAGUUGGUUCUGGUUUUGGGCUUAACUGUUGGAUGGAUAUCAACAUACAUCUUCAGGGUCUCGAACAAGGACAUGACGUAUGUACAACAACUACGUGACUAUGAAGACAAAGUCAUGGAGAAGCGGUUGGAGGGCUUGACAGAAGCAGAGCUGGAAGCGUUGCUUGAGCAAGUUGAAGAAGAGAAGAGAGUCAAGAGACGCCUUGCAAGUGGUGAGCAGAUUAACUGAAGAUCUUAUUUAAGCUUUUGUUUCCCCAGAACAACAUAGACAAAUAGAAUGUAGUGUGUUUGUAUAUAUAUACAUGUAUGCAUAUGUGCACACAAUAGACAGAUCAAAUAGAUGAUUUGACGUUCAGAUGC